AUGGCGGGGAGGAACCCAGAGGUGGUGGCCAUCGACUGUGAGAUGGUGGGCACAGGGCCCCGGGGCCGCGUGAGUGAGCUGGCCCGCUGCUCCGUGGUCAACUACCAAGGCGAAGUCCUCUACGACAAGUAUGUCCAGCCCAAGAUGCCCGUCACCGAUUUCCGCAGCCGCUGGAGCGGGGUGACCCGCCAACAGCUGGAAGGGGCUACACCCUUUGCCGUAGCAAGAUUGGAGGUCCUCAGGCUCCUGCAGGGGAAGCUGGUGGUGGGCCAUGACCUGAAGCACGAUUUCAAGGCGCUCAAAGCGGACAUGGGCAGGUACCACACCUAUGACUCGGCCACUGACCCAUGGCUGCGGCAUGCGGCCCAGCUUGGAUAUGACCGUCCCAAAGUGUCCCUUCGGGAGCUGAGCCAGAAGCUGCUGGGACGCGAUGUCCAGUCCAGCCAGUCGGGGCACAGCUCCGUGGAGGAUGCCAAGGCCACCAUGGAGCUGUACCAGCUCUCCCAGCGACUCCGAGCCCAGGACCAGACCUAGGGCCAACCCAGG